AUGCCUUUUAGGAGUGACGCCGGAAGUUGUGGAACGCUACAUAUAUCUCGGAAGGUCACCGCAUUAGAAUUAUCAGGUACCCAAAGAGGAAAAUGCAUAGGAUCUAUACUCGUUCUAAGUGGCUUGAGGUGCACGACCGAUUCGCAGUCUUCUCCACUAUUCCUAACGUACGGUGCACCUGGUUCCAAUGUAACAACCUGUAUUGUGUUGGUGCUCAUGGCCCGAAGCUAUUGGCGCAGUUCCAACUAUUUAGAAUGGCUGUUAGAUCGUCAAGAUGUGAUGGUACACCGAGUAGGAGAUUUGAAAAUUUUGGGCAGCGAGGAGGACUACCAAAAGGUUAUGCUUUUCUUCGGCGAUGGUACUGUUGAUUUCAAGGUUGACAUCUUGUUAUCUAGUCAUACAAGCGCUCGGCAAAAGUGUAGAGGUUCGUCAGCAAGUGAUUGCCACAGCAACCGUGUACUUCAAGCGAUUCUACAGUCGGUAGGUGGUACGUUCCCGAAAUUCACAAUGUCUAUUUUCAGGCAUUCACUCAAGGCAAUCGAUCCUUGGCUAAUGGCACCCUCUUGUUUGUUUUUGGCCUCCAAGGUUGAGGAGUUUGGUGUGCUGUCGCAAAAGAACUUGCUUGCUUCCUGUCGUCAAAUAAUUGCAACCCACUACUCUGCCUAUUUUCCUGACGGAUUCGGCUAUCCUUACCGUGCACAAGAUAUUUUAGAGUGUGAAUUUAUUCUGCUGGAAGCUAUGGAUUGUUCCUUGAUUGUCUUUCAUCCCUAUCGACCACUUGUGCAGUUUUGCGAGGAGCUGCGACCCCAGCUUCAUGAACUGGCAGAUCUGCUGUUGGAACGGGCCUGGUGGGUGGUGAACGACAGUUUUCGGACUGAUGUGUGUUUUCACUUUCCCCCUUACAUUGUGGCGCUCGGUUGCCUGCAGACUGCUUUCGUUCUCCUUUCAAACAACACGGAUCUAUUAGCCGGAGUCUCCGGUUCUUCUGGAUUGUCCAACACAUCCUCCCGACAUGCAUAUUCUGCACAUCAGCCACAACAAUCAGUCAAUCCCCUGGUCGUUGCUGAUCGAUGGUUCAGCGAGCUCAAUGUCUGGGAAGUUACCCGCCACCUACUGAAUCUUUACGACUUGUGGCGUCGUUUUGAUGAAGCCAAUGAGAUGCCCAAUUUGUUGCUGAAGAAGAUUCCCCGUCCGGUGGUUCAACCACCUCACAAUCCACAAUCAUCCUCUUUCCCCAAUUCAUCCAAUGUCCAACCAAAUGCGAUUACCGGCGGCGGCAGUGGAGCCAGCCAAUCGUCGGCCAGCCUGAGCGGGGGAGGUGGACAAGGUCAACAACCGCCUCCGCCUCCAGGCCAUACUGCAGCUCAGCUCCUUGCCGCUACAACCGUGGGAGGAGCCGGCAGUAGUGGGGGUGGCUCCAACAUAAUUACCGAAGCGCAACCGCCGCUGCAUCAUCACAACCAACCCACGAGGACCGCUCCAGGAGGUGGACAGGUGCGAAUGCACCCACAGCAAGCACAACAGCAACAACAACAUUUAGGAGCUCGAUAAUCCCUUUUCACCACCCCCAACAAGUUAUAUAAAUGCAUGUUCCCA